AUGUGCCACCCCACCGGAGAUGCCUACAGGAACAUGCUCAGUGAUUUCCCUUCAGUUUUCAAGCCUGAGUUCCGCCAUACCAACCCGGGAGCAGCAUCGAAACACAGAGUGUACCACGACAUCAAGACAACAGGACACCCAGUCCAUUCUUGUUUCCGUCGCCUGAAGCCAGAGAAGCUCCAUGCCGCCAAGCUUGCUUUCGCUGAAAUAGAGCACAUGGGCAUCUGCUCCAAGGCUGCCAGUCCAUGGGCGUCAUCUCUCCACAUGGUCUGGACAACUCGUGGUGCCCAUGCGGCGAUUACCGGCGACUCAACUGCCGCUGAGAUCACCGAGCUGGACUAUUACCCCAUGCCCAAACAUCACCGACUUGACAGCCAGCAUAAGUACAAGUUCACCCAGAUUACGCCCCCGAGAUGGCUAUCAUUACAACCAUUUGGAAGCUAUGUUUUCCACUACUCCACUUUUGGGCUCAGGGACAGCGGUGCCACUUUCAAGAGGAUUUUUGGAGAGCUCCAAUUCUGCAUGGUCUACACCGAUGACAUCCACACCAGCAGCAUGUCCACACAGUCCUUCACCUUCUGGAGGAGAAUGGCCUGA